UGUUCAGGUUAGGGUUAGGCAUUUAGUUUGGAUGGUUAAGGUUAGGGUAAGGGGCUAGGGAAUGUAAUAUGUCAAUGAUUGUCCUCACUAAGACAGAAGUACAAACGUGUGUGUGUGAUGUCACAUGUUUCAUGUAACGAAUCCCUUUAAUAUAACAAGUUGUGGUCCUUAUAAAGCCGGUGUUGUAAACCCUGCCUACUAAUCCUGCUGACUAAUGACUGACACUUGGGUUUUGCUCUGUUGUUUGUGUCUCUGCAUGGUUUUUCGUGUGUGGCAUGGCUGUGGCUGGCUGCAGGGGUCGUACCUGGGGCGUGGCGAGCAGAAACGAGAAGGGCCUCUGACAGAUUGCGGCGGGAGCGGCACUCUACAUGACUUUCAGACAGACCUGGGAGGAAAGCCUCAGCAGCAGCAGCAGCAGCAGACGUACCUGCGCUCCUCCCGUGGCCAGCCACGAGGAAGCAGCGGCCGAGGCCUUUCAAGGCAGGACACCUUCGACUCCGAGACCCAGGGCAGCCGGGACUCGGCCUACACCGAGGCCGGUGACUCCUGCAUGGACAUUGAGACUGACCCCUACGAGGAGCCCGAGCCUUACCGAGGCAGCGGGGGCAGCCGCCUGCACCUAGCGCAGCAUCACGGCAGACAGGCAUCCUGGGAGGACGAGGGCGCCGAGCCGGACCAGGAGAACCUCAACCACCCUCCGAUCCCGAGCCAGACGCAGCCGCACGGACGAGCCAAGCUGAAGGAGCGUUACUGCCAGGACCCUGUGGACACAGGGGCCAACAUGAGCCACAACAAGAAUCAGGACGAGUGGGGGAGGGACGUCUACAUCCGCUGAACAUGCAUCACAUCACAGAGGCAAGAGAGCUCCUGGACAGACUGAGGAUGGAGGGAGAAAUGUGGGGGCCAUGCCAGUCAGGCUAACAAAUGAAUCUGUUUACAUCCCUGUACAAUGUAAAUGAAUACAUCAACUGCCAGAUCCAAUUCUCAUCACCUUCUUCUUGCAAUUCUAUUUCUUUAUGUUUAGAAAAAUAAUAUUGGUCUGUUUCUUUUGUUUCUUAUGUUAAUACUGCAUGAAUAUCAUGGAUUUCUAUACUGACAGCACGAGGACAGUAAGUGUUACGAUUGUGAAUCUAUGAUUGUGGUCUGUAUGACUCAAUCCCUCCUUCAGUUGUAGAGUGUGAAGGCUGGUAGAGCCAUCGUCUGUCGUGUCUGUCCUCUGCAGUCUUAAACAGGGUCUAACGUCACCGUCCCCCAUGUGUGUACAGUGUCAGGGUUCUUCUUUACCUUAAUCGCACUCUGUGCUUGUGGAUGUCAGGGUUUCCUCCCAUUAUGAGAUCCAGAGGUCACGAGUCUCACACCUCCACUUUCUUAUCACCUAGACCUUAAAAAUAAAUGAGCUGGUGGAGAAGUUGCCAUAUUUUAUCGAGAACACGUGUUGCUACACUCAUGUCAGCUUGAUAAGGACAAAGAACAUGCUCCAAAGAUGUUUACUUCUUCCCCCCACCUGGUUCAGCCACUGUACCCGACUGUACACGUCUGACCCAGUCCUCCCAUUUCCGUUUACCCCCUUCUCUGUGGGUGCCGAGGGCGCCUGCAGUAUUCACUCGUUCUCUGGUUUUUCUAACGCGGUGUAGAUUCAAAGCGGCACUGCAGUCGUGGUCGUGUGAAUGAAGUGUCCUGCCUUAGUCACUCUCCCACCCUUAUUCAAGAAAUCUCCAAUCACAAGUGCCGGAUUGUCUCACCAAGCCAUGUCCACCACUGCCAUGGUGGGAUGUCUUAAACUCUCGUUACACUCGUUUUCAUAUCAUACCCGUGUCUCUUCGUGUCCCCGCCCCACACUGUCGUUUCAGCACGUCAACGCUCAUCUCGUUUUAUUUGCACCAGCUUUGUCGUCUGUUUUUCAGGGCUAAUGGUUAUACUAAAAAAAAAAAGUACUUGUGUGUGGCUGAUCAACUUCCACCCAAACAGCUAGCUUGUCUGAUAUUAAAUACCACUUUCUUCUUACUUUUGAUUUAUGACUGAAUUAUUGUUGUUUUUUCAACUCUUGUGAGGUAGUGAGAGGAGUAUCAAUUGGGAUCGGGGAGGGGGGGUAGGAUCAGCUUUGGUCUUUACUCAGUUAUCUAUAAUGAAGAAUCCAUGAAUGUGUUUGGCGGGCUGCCUCGGCCCGCCCGUCUUCAGUCGAAUAAAUAGAUAUUAAACAAUGAUCAGUAAAUAAUGUUAUUGUUGCGUUAUCGCAAUUGUUAAAAAUAUGAUAUAACAUGUAUCAUUGGUGCCUGAUUGUAGCUGCAUUUUGCUUUUUCUGCCUUUCAUUUUUAAUCUGUGGAUAAAUUCGUAUUUUAAUUAAAAAUUUAACCAGAAAA